AUGAGUAACGAUAGUUGUUGGCAAGAGAGAACUUUAUCUGGGACGCACAAUAAUUGCUUUUGGGAUUAUACCAACAAGUCCAUAAACUCAACUUGGUUAGCGAAGCAGUUUGUGAAAAGAUUUGCCACAAAUCCUAAAUUGGGAACCAAGGAGUUUAGAAAGGAGGUUUGUACGAUGCUGAAGGCCAACAUUUCGAGGAAAGUGGCUUACUUAGCCAAGAGGAAGGCACUACAGUUGGUUCAAGGGACUGCCGAGGAGCAAUUUAGUAGAAUAAGGAAUUAUUGUGCUGAGUUGAAAAGAUUCGAUGAAGGGGCCACAGUCGUUUUGAAGUUGAUAGAGAAUGACCAAGGUCCAAGGUUCCAAAGAUUGUAUGUUUGUUUUUCAGCGUGUAAGCAAGGAUUUAAGGAUGCUUGUCGGCCUAUCAUUGGUAUUGACGGAUGCUUCUUAAAAGAAAAACAUGGUGGGCAGUUGUUAUCGGCUGUAGGGAUAGACCCAAACAACAACAUAUUUCCGAUAUGCUAUGCAUUGGUUGAGCGUGAGACGAAGGAUAGUUGGACAUGGUUUUUACGGCUCUUAGAUUCUGACAUUGGUUUUGUUAAUCAACAUGCAUGGACUUUUAUGUCAGAUAAGCAAAAGGGGUUGAUCUCUGCAAUUGAAUUUUUGUUUCCUGAUGCAGAACAUAGAUUGUGUGCUAGACACUUACAUAGCAACAUGAAACAUGAUGGAUUUAAGAGUCUAGCAGUUAAGAUUGCUUUAUGGGCUGCGGCAAAGGCAACUAGGAUUGAAGAUUUUCGACAGCGAAUGGAGGAGCUCAAGAAUAUUGACCACAAUGCAUAUGAAUGGCUGGCAAAGAAGCCUGAAGAUCAGUGGUCAAAGUCACAUUUCAGCACCAUUCCAAAAUCUGACAUCUUGUUGAAUAAUAUGUGUGAAAGCUUCAAUAGUUGUAUACUAGAUGCUAGGGAUAAGCCUAUCAUUGAGAUGUUUGAGUCAAUACGAAAUCUUUUGAUGAAUAGAUUUUUGUUGAAUCGAGAGAAGGCUGAGAAAUGGAAGAGCCAAAUUUGUCCCAAGAUUAGAGAUCUGUUGGCGAAGAUAAGUAUGGAUGCUGCUGCUUAUUCCCCCAUGAAAUCAGAUGAGAUGCACUACCAGAUAACGAGGUCAGAUGAUCAUCUUGAUCAACAUUCAGUUGACUUAUCGACUAGGACUUGCAGUUGUAGAAAAUGGGAUUUGACAGGAAUUCCUUACAAGCACGCUGUAUGCGCAAUUUGGUGCAAAAAAGAUAAUCCAGAGGCAUAUGUCCAUCACUGUUACUUGACCGACACAUAUCGAAGGUGUUAUGCAUUGCCAAUAAUGCCUGUCAAUGGACCAAAUUUGUGGCCUGCUUGUGACUUGCCCCCACCUUUACCUCCCUUUUACAAAGAAAAAAUUGGAAGGCCGACGAAACUAUGA